AUGUCUCGACUGGUUCCAUACUUGGUCACACCGGAACCAAAACGUAUAGCCCGUUUCAUUGGAGGUUUAGCUCCAGAGAUCAAGGCAAGUGUGAAAGCAUCAAGACCUACCACUUUUAGGUCAGUGGCUGAUUUGUCCUUAUCCCUUACUCUCGAUGCGGUUAGGCAGAGAUCGCUUAGGAGUUUUGAAGAAGGAAAAAGGAAACGUGAGGAUGAGAACUCACGUCAUUCUGAUAAGAAACAUAGGGGGAACUCAGACCACAAGAAGAAUUCUGGGUCUAACAAAGGUAACCAACAAACAGAUGAGAAGCCUAAAUGCAAAACCUGCCAGAAGUGUCAUUUUGGAAAAUGCAGGUUUGAAUCAAAGUCGCAGUCGCAAUCAAAGCCCAUUGGAUGUGGGAUCUGCAAGUCCAAAGAACAUAAGACUUUGGAUUGCAAGAAAUUGAAGGACGCGACCUGUUAUGGUUGCAACGAGAAGUGGCAUAUUAAGACUAACUGCCCAAAAUAUGCAAAGAAACCUGAAGAAGGUAAGAAGACCAAUGCUCGGGUCUUUCAAAUGAAUGCACAAGAAGCGAUUCAGAAUGACAACGUGAUAACAGAUUUCCAAAUUUCACCUUUAAGGCUUAUGUUCGCUCCGGAUGGGUACUCACCGCCAUACAGCCAUGGGGCUAGGCUAGCUGCGGAGUUGUAA